AUUGUUCCCCAGUCCUUUGCAAAUAAGUGUCUUCCAGGAACUCUCUGGCCAUUCCACUCCGGGAGCUGUCUCGCUAGUGAAAAUGUCUGCCGACCAGAGGUUCGCCUUUGUAAUAUGCAUUCUAGAAAUAAGUCUCCUGAGAGCGGGGCCCACUCCCAGUAAUGAGUCGGCAGAAACAAGCGGCACACCAUUGCCCAUAGACUGCAGGAUGAGCUCCUGGAGUGCGUGGUCAAAAUGUGACCCUUGCCUCAAACAAAUGUUUCGUUCGAGGAGCAUUGAGAUCUUUGGACAAUUUAAUGGGCGAAAGUGUGUGGAUGCCGUGGGAGACCGACGGCAGUGUGUGCCCACAGAGGCCUGCGAAGACCCCGAGGAUGACUGUGGCAACGACUUUCAGUGUGGUACAGGCAGAUGCAUAAAGAAUCGACUUCUGUGUAAUGACGACAAUGACUGCGGAGACUAUUCAGAUGAGGAUAACUGUGAACGUGAUCCUCGCCCCCCUUGCCGCAACAGAGUGGUGGAAGAGUCAGAACUGGCACGGACGGCAGGAUAUGGGAUCAACAUCCUAGGCAUGGAUCCACUCAGCACCCCUUUUGACAACCAGUACUACAAUGGACUCUGUGACCGAGUUUGGGAUGGCAACACCUUGACGUACUACCGCAGGCCCUGGAACGUGGCUUCGCUGACCUAUGACACGAAAGCUGACAAGAACUUCAGAACUGAAAAUCGUGAAGAAGAGAUACAGGUACUCAGAACUAUUAUCAAAGAGAAGAAAUUAAAUUUUAAUGCAGAUUUAAGUAUAAAAUAUACACCUGUUGAAGCAACUGAAAAGCAUAAAUGUAUGGAUUGUGGACAUUCUAACAAAGAAUACAUCUCAAGUCCUUCCAACAAGGGUGCUGAGGCUGCAUUUCGAUUUACAUAUUCCAAAGAUGAAAUUUACAAACUGUUGUCAUCAUUUUCUUCUAAGCAGGAAAAAAUGUAUCUGCAUGUAAAAGGAAAAGUUCACCUGGGAAGAUUUGUGAUGAGAAGUCGGGAUGUCAUGCUGCAAACAACUUUCUUGGAUUCUAUAAAUACUCUGCCAACUACUUAUGAAAAAGGGGAAUAUUUUGCAUUUUUGGAAACCUAUGGAACCCACUACAGUAGCUCUGGAUCUCUUGGAGGAUUCUAUGAACUAAUAUAUAUUUUGGAUAAAAAGUCCAUGGAGCGGAAAGGUAUUGAACUGAGGGACGUACAGAGAUGCCUCGGGUUUAAUCUGGAUUUGUCUCUGAGGGUUGGAGUUGAAGUUACAGGAAAUAUUGGUUUAAACCCUUGCUCAAAGAAGGGUAGCGGUGAAACGGAUACGAACCCAGAGGCUGACCUCUUCGAUGAUGUUAUUACAUUCAUAAGAGGAGGAACCAGAAAAUAUGCAACUGAGCUGAAAGAGAAACUUCUCCAAGGAGCCAGAAUGAUUAAUGUGACUGACUUUGUAAACUGGGCCUCUUCCUUAAAUGAUGCUCCGGUGCUCAUAAGCCAAAAACUGGCUCCGAUAUAUGAUCUGAUUCCAGUGAAAAUGAAAGACGCACACCUCAAGAAACAAAAUUUGGAAAGAGCCAUUGAAGACUACGUCAAUGAAUUCAGUUUAAGGAAAUGCCAACCAUGCCAAAAUGGAGGGACUGUGGUUCUGCUGGACGGAGAAUGCGUGUGUUCCUGCCCAAAAGAGUUCAAGGGAGUGGCCUGUGAAAUAAAAAAAUAGAAAAUUUCUAAAGAGUUGGCCUGCAAUGCAGGAGACCCAGGUUCGAUCCCUGGGUUGGGAAGAUCCCCUGGAGAAGGAAAUGUCAACCACUCCAGUAUUCUUGCCUGGAGAAUCCCAUGGACAGAGGAGUCUGGCAGGCUCCAGACCAAGAAAACUGAGAUUCUUCACAUUUUACAGCUAAUCCCCUGGAAUUGUAUUUCAAUAUUUUGCUUUUUUCAAGGAGGAGCGACUUUAGCCAUCUUUCUAAAACUGAGGAUUUUAAUUAGAAUCCUAAUAGAAAAGUAAGUUUUAGCUCAACUGUUAAUUAUUACAAGAUUAGCUGGAUUAAUUUCUUUUGAAAAUCAUAACUUACUUUUUUUUAUUGAAUAAGCAGUUUCCUACAACAAAAUGUCUGAAACAAUUAUGCAGUUUCCUCAAAGAUUUCACAGCCUCAAGUUUAUCGUUCAACCACCCUUUCAACAAAGGUCCGUAUAGUCAAAGCUCUGGUUGUUCCGGUAGUCAUGUAUGGAUGUGAGAGUUGGACUAUAAAGAAAACUGAGUGCCAAAGAAUUGAUGCUUUUGAACUGUGAUAUUGGAGAAGACUCUUGAGUGUCCCUUGGACUGCAAGGAGAACCCACCAGUCCAUCCUAAGGGAAAUCAGUCCUGAAUAUUCAUUGGAAGGACUGGUGCUGAAGCUGAAACUCCAAGACUUUUGGCCACCUGCUGUGAAGAACUGACUCAUUUGAAAAGACCCUGAUGCUGGGAAAGAUUGAAAGCAGGAGGAGAAGGGGAUGACAGAGGAUAAGAUGGUUGGAUGGCAUCACUGACUCAAUGAACAUGAGUUUGAGUAAGCUCCAAGAGUUGGUGAUGGACAGGGAGGCUGACGUGCUGCAGUCCAUGGAGUCACAAAGAGUCGGACGCAACUGAACUGACAGAAAAUUUUUUUGUAUUUACAAAGAAAAUUUUAAAAUUUUCGCAUUACAAGUGUCUUUUGCCCUUCUUAGCAAAUGCAGAAACUCAAGAAUAUGCUGACAAUAUACAUGUUAAUAUUUCUCAGAAAUUUUAGGAUAACUGAUUUAUCCUAUAUAUUAACUCUGUCUCUCACCUAUCUAAAAUGUCAAUCCUAUGUUCUGUAUUCCAAGCAGCAUUUGUAGCAAAAACUUCAUAUUCAGGACCUCUGUUUUCUACCUAUUUCUCUAUAUGUGGAAUAUCCUUCAGCUUUCUGUAAUUUCUUCAGCUCUGUCUUCUAAUUUUUCAGCUACAUAGGAUAUAGUCUUAUAUCCUAUAACCAAUGAGAAUUUUCUCAAAUUUAUUUUAAUCAUAAACUAAUUAUAAUUAAUUAUAAAUAAAUUUAAUUUCUAUUUGAGUGGUUUCUUUUUUAAGUCUGUUUUUUUCUUUCCUGGCCUACUGGAUGUUUCCUAUUUCUGUUUCUUUAAACAUGCUGGUGGUGGUUUAGUCACUAAGUCAUGUCCAACUCUUGUGGCCCCACGGACUAUAGCCUGCCAGGUUCCUCUGUCUAUGGGAUUUUCCAGGCAAGAAUACUGAAGUGGGUCAUCAUUUCCUUCUCCAGAGGAUCUUCCCGACACAGGGAUCAAACCCGGAUCUCCUGCAUUGCAAGUAGAAUCUUUACCUACUGGCUACCAGGGAAGCCCUUUGAACAUGCUGAACAUGUUCAUAUAAAAGUCUCUCUCAGAUUGGCCUAGAAUAUAUGGUUUCUACACGUACUCAUUCUCAUGGCAUUUUUUUCUCCCUUGAGUAUUAAUAGUUUUUUUUAUCUCAGGCCUAGUCUCCAGUGAAAUUUGUUUCCUGUGGGAACCUUGUAUAUUCUGGGUAGAGAUGGUAAUCCUAGGGUUGUUUGUCUCUAGGGGUAUCCUGUUGUUUUUAUCACUUUGCACCAUUUUUUCAUGUAAAUUUCUUUAUUUGGAUUCUACAUUUUGUAUUCAUGGAUAAUGACAAUCAAGGUCCCUCCUCCUAUAUACAUCACAUGCAUGAAAACACUGGUGUCUUCUGGCUGACUUUUCACACCUGACCAUGAGUUCCUCGCUGAGACACUAGACCACAGUGAAACCUUUCUUGCUGACUCUUUCCCUCAUGGAAGCACUUCCAGGCAUCCAGUUUUCUACAGAACGUUCCAUUCCACAUUUCCACAUACACUGGACUGACCCCCAUCAUGAGGUUGAAAACCUUAGGACGUCAUCUUUCUUUUUGCAUACUAUUUACUUAGGGUGGAAGACUGCAACUUUAUCCUCCUUCAACCAAUCCAACCUCUCUCUCCUUAUGUGUUUCUACUUCUCCCAGACCAAUGGUUCUCAAUCUAGUUGCUAACUGUAUCGAUAUUAACCUGAUAUUAACCUAUUAGCUUUUUUUAAGGGCAAAAUAGAAAUAUAACAAAACAGAUAUCCAUCCCCAAAUCAAUUAAACUGGAACCUGUGUGGUGGAUCCUGGGUUGCCGUGGUUCUUUUUUUCUUCUUUCUCUCCCUCUUUACCUUUUCUUUUCUUUUUCUCUCUUUCUUUCUCUCUUCUUUUAAAUCCUCUGGUUAUUCUAAUCUAUUUAGCCAAGGUUACAAACCUCUAUUCUGGACCCAGGUCAAUUAACACCUCUGAUGAAAUCUCCUCCAGCAUCUCCAGGCAUCCAUUCUCUAACUGCGUGCUGACCAUGUCCCCCCUGCUCUUUUAGCACUAAUCACAUUUACUCUCCCAA